CGCCGUCGCCUCCGCGGCGGCCGUGAGGUGCGCGGCGAGCCCCGCCGUUCGCCAUUACGAGUUGAGCACACGUUUGCGAGAGUCGGGGCUGCCGCUGGAGCGGAUCGCCCGCGGGGUACGGCGGGGAGUGUAAAUAAAACCCUGCUUCUCCCUCUCCGGGCUCUCUGCCGCUGCCCCGAAGUGGUUUUGCGCCGUGUUUUCCUGGCAGAAGAGUGUAACCCAGGUGAAGGCAGAGAAGGGAGGGUUGUUUUUAUGAAUGGGACUCUUUGAGGCUGAUCGGAGUCCAGAUCCCGAGGAAAUCUCCAGAUCAAAUGCCCAGUAAAUAAAACACUGAGCUAAGACUUGAGGAAGAGCUGCAGAAUGGAUGGAUUUUAUGACCAGCAAGUGCCUUACAUGGUCACCAAUAAUCCGCGUGGGAGAAACUGUAAUGAGAGACCGACAAAUGUCAGGAAAAGAAAAUUCAUUAACAGAGACCUGGCUCAUGAUUCAGAAGAACUCUUUCAAGAUCUGAGCCAGUUACAGGAGACAUGGCUUGCAGAAGCUCAGGUACCUGACAAUGACGAGCAGUUUGUGCCAGACUAUCAGGCUGAAAGUUUGGCUUUUCAUGGUCUCCCUGUGAAAAUCAAGAAGGAACCCCAUAGCCCAUGUUCAGAACUUGGCUCCACUUGCAGUCAAGAGCAACCAUUCAAGUUCAGUUAUGGGGAAAAGUGCCUGUACAAUGUCAGUGCCUAUGAUCAGAAGCCACAAGUGGGAAUGAGGCCCUCCAACCCACCGACGCCAUCCAGCACUCCUGUGUCACCACUGCACCAUGCCUCCCCAAACUCAGCUCAGACUCCUAAACCUGACCGGGUUUUCCCUACCCAUCUCCCUCCAUCCCAGUCCAUUCAAGAUAACAGCUUCCCUAUGGACCACAGAUUUCGCCGCCAGCUCUCUGAACCUUGCAAUUCUUUCCCACCUUUGCCUGCAAUGCCAAGGGAAGGACGUCCAAUAUAUCAGCGCCAGAUGUCUGAGCCAAACAUCCCCUUCCCACCCCAAGGUUUUAAGCAGGAGUACCAUGAUCCAGUUUAUGAACACAACGCUAUGGUUGGCAGUGCAGCCAGUCAAAAUUUUCCCCCUCCUCUGAUGAUUAAACAGGAACCUAGAGAUUUUGCAUAUGAUUCAGAAGUGCCUAGCUGCCAUUCCAUUUACAUGAGGCAAGAAGGCUUCCUGGCUCACCCAAACAGAACAGAAGGCUGUAUGUAUGAAAAAGGACCUAGGCAGUUUUAUGAUGACACUUGCGUUGUUCCAGAGAAGUUUGAUGGUGAUGUCAAACAGGAGCCAGGCAUGUACCGUGAGGGACCUACGUAUCAACGGCGAGGCUCGCUUCAGCUGUGGCAGUUCUUGGUAGCUCUUCUUGAUGACCCGUCAAACUCUCACUUCAUAGCAUGGACUGGCCGAGGCAUGGAAUUCAAGCUGAUUGAGCCGGAGGAGGUUGCACGUCGCUGGGGGAUUCAGAAAAAUAGGCCAGCUAUGAACUAUGAUAAACUUAGCCGAUCACUUCGCUAUUAUUAUGAAAAGGGAAUCAUGCAAAAGGUGGCUGGAGAAAGAUACGUCUACAAGUUUGUUUGCGACCCUGAAGCGCUUUUCUCCAUGGCUUUUCCAGACAACCAGCGCCCCUUACUGAAGACUGACAUGGAGCGCCACAUCAAUGAGGAGGACACUGUGCCUCUCUCCCACUUUGAUGAGAGCAUGGUCUACAUGCAGGACGGUGGCUGCUGCAACACCCACCCCUAUAACGAAGGCUAUGUCUAUUAACAACAGUGACAGUGAAGGGGAUGUUUCCCCCCUCCUUUAGGCUUCUCCUCUUUCACAAGACCCAGAGGAAAGCUAAAUCGACUUCAGUUUGUUUUUUAAAUAGUACACUAAAAGGGGCUUUUCCUGUUGCAUUACUCCUAUGGUCUGCCAUGGACAGCGCACUUUAUUUGAAAGGGGAGGGUUGGAACCUAAAUGUUAUGCUAUGUAACAGGAGGAAAAGGGUGGGUUUGCUUUUUACUUAAGUUUGGGAAGGGAACAUACAAAUUUUAAGUACAAAAAGCUAUAUCAUGUCUGUUUUGUUUCAUAUCAGCAUAAGAUAUUGUACAUUUUCUCUCUGGGUAUCCGUAGUACAGUUAAUUCUCAUUGUGCAAAAUAACCACUUGAUGAUAUCAGCACAGCAUGCCUAGGGCAUUUGUUUCUUGCCAUUCUUAAUUGUCUUUCUGCACUUCUAAAAGAGAAGCAAAGCAUAUACCACAGCAUUUAAUUUAGAAGCUUGCAGUGGCAGACCUUGCACCUUGCCUCUGAAAACAACAUCCAUCUCAAGAGUUUGUUUUUUUUUUUCCCCCUUUCUUCUUGUUAUUUUUUCCUUUUUUUUUCCCCCUUUUUUUUUUUUUUUUUUUAAUGGACUCCUGGAAAAGUUGUAUGACCCCAAACAACUCUUUUUUUAAUGACCAAGUGGCCGUAAGUACAGUGACCAAGCAGCAAACUCUCUGACUUCAGACUUCAGAAGCCGCAUGCUGUAUCUGGUGCCAUGUUGCUAUACAUAUGGACUAUGCUAUGGCUUAGACCUUUCAAGAUCCAUUUGAGGGUAAUAAUUACAUGUGGUAGGCUUUCUGAUGAUCAUGUCAGCAUUAAAUACAGGAUCAUGAUUGGGAGGGAGAAAACAUUUUCUAUCCUUCCAUUUCCUUUGGUACAUAAAUAAGUUAUUUAAUCAAUAGGAAUUAACUGUACUAAGUCACAUAUCUAAUUAUGCUGUUUAGACACAGCAAGCACUCCUUGAGAAAAAUAUCCAAUACACUAAAUAGGUACUUUAGUAAUUUUUAGACAUGGUACCCAUUAAUAUGCAUUUAAACCUUUUACUGCUGUGUUAUGUUGAUAACAUAUAUAAAUACUAGAUAAUGCUAAUGCUUCUGCUGCUGUCUUUUUCUGUAAUAUUCUCUUUGAUGCUGAAUUUACUAUGACCAUUUAUAAGCAAUGCUGUAACUACAGGUAGCAUUUCAGGACAAAAUAGAUGACUUGAACCAUUUAUUGCUUAGAAAAUAGCUUACGCCAUAGCUGUGCUAUAAGCAGCUUUUAUGCGCAUCCACAAAUGACUAGUAAGCUUCAGCUUGCUAAGGAAAGCUCUGCAGAACCUUCUGUAAUUUUCGGUGGAACGGAGGCUUAGACGAACUGUCAAACAAUACCAUGAAGUCGCUGUAUGACGUUGUAGUGCUGGCACUGAUGUUACCAAUCAACUUGUUUUGGACACUAAACGUAAAUGUGAUCAGAUAUGCUCAGAAGACAAUUUAAAUUUUGAGGUUUUUUUUUUUCUUGUUAUUUUUUUAAAUUGUUUUUUUGAGGGGGUAGUCUUGUUCACAAGCCACACAUACUCUUAUAUAUGUAAAAUGAAAAGAAAAAAAAAAGCCCUGACAAACACCUGAAAGUUUUAACUAUUUAUGAGCACCUUUUCUGAAAUAUAAUAUUUCCUAGUUUGAAGGGAGGGAGAGGGGUAAGUUCUUGAUUUCUUUUUUGGUUUGUGAAAUUUAAAUAGGUGUUACAUGGAGUAAUUCAUUUUCCAAUACUCCCAAGAAGCUGGAGGAAAAUGAAUGCAUAGUCAUAAGACAACAAGAAUAAUUUACAUCAUAAUGGAUAGAUUUCAAAGACAGUCUUAGGUGGUGGGUUAAUUUUCCAUCCUCCGUCAGUUAAGACACCAGUUAAGCUAUGAAUAUUUUAAUAUGCAGUUAAUUAAAAAUGGUCACUAGAAACCACAGGUGCGUAAAAAACAUUUGGGCAGGUAUUUAAUUUACUCAGAUCCAUAAGACAACAUAUUUUAUUUGAGCAUAUAUAUGCCUUAAUAUGUCACCUAAUUCCAUCAUCCAUAAGUCUCAGUGGCACUUAAAUUUUCAGUGAUUAACCCAGAAUCAGAAGUCUGAAAUUGCAAAAUUAGCAAAAAAGGAAAGGGAAGAGGUUGAGUAAGAUUGUUUAAAACGAUGUGGUAUCCAUUGAAAUAAGGUUCAAAUGAAACAUGCUUUGAUGAAAAGUCCUUGGAUUGGUUUUGGUUCUUUAAUGUCAGCAUGGAGCGCCUCUUGCCUGUGGCAGGAUGUGGGUAUUUGGGACAGGGGUUGGAUAAAAAAGGAAAAAAAAAAAAGGGAAAAAAAAGAAAAAAAAGAGGAAAAAAAUGCAUCAAAUGUGUAAUAUUUAAGAAGAAAUAUAUAUAUAUCUGUAUAUGGUAGUGACUCACUGAACAAAGCAAGCAAUCAGACCAACAUUACAUGAUCUCAGCAGAAGAUACAAAAGUCUUUCAAUGAACUGAUUAACCCUUUUUAAAAUGUACCUAAGAGGUUUAUUUAAAGUCUGUUUUUAUUCCACUUUUUUGUUUGUUUGGGGUUUUUUGUUUUAUUUGUUUGGGGUUUUCAGGUAGAAUAAUAAAUCUGGCAGCUGAUUUCUGCAA